UCGCAAGCCGACAAGCAAAAGCGGAAGUAUUCAUUCUAUUAGAAGCCCGCAGCUCGCCAUGCACUGGUUAUAUAUCUGAAAGGAGGGUAUUCUAUUCCUAGACCCUUCUCGAUGCCUCGUUUCCUACUACUCAGGAUCUUUUGAUCUAUCUCGAGUCGGGCAACACGCGCGAAACUGUUACGCCGCAGCCCUUCCUUCCCAAGCCGACGCUGACUUCUGGAUAAAAUACAAUAAUUCAAUGGAUACGCACGCAUAUCUCCUUGGCCAGGGUUGGUCUGGCCCGGGCAACCCUCUAAACCCCAACCGACGUCCGGGUCCACACGGCGGCCUCGGCCUAACCAAACCCAUCCUGGUCGCGCGGAAAAAGAACACCCAUGGGCUAGGGAAGCAGACGACACACGACCAUACGAACCAGUGGUGGCUUCGUGGAUUCGAGGCGGCAUUGAAGGGGGUUGGUGAUGAUGGGAGUGCGACGCCCCAGUCCGAUGGAUCUGGCUCAGCCGCUAGUGGGUCGAGCGAGUUAUAUCGCUUUUUUGUGAAAGGGGAGCCGCUGGAAGGGACGAUUGAUAGGGUUAUGAUUAAUGAAGGCAAGGAGGUGAAGGGGGGUUGCGAGAUUUCUACUGCUCCUGGGAGAGGAGAGAAAAAUGGGAAAAGGAAGCGAAGCGAUGAGAAUGACGCCGAUAUGGAGGAAAGGGAGGAGAGGGCUUUGAAGAGGGAGAAGAGACGGAAGAAGUGCAAGCCAGAUGAGCGAGAUUCUAGUGAGGGAGGGGUCGCUGAGGAUGCAGGGCUGGCGGUGGAAUCGAAAGAGGAAAGGAGGCGGAGGAGAAAGGAGAGGAAGGAGAGGAAGAAAGAGAAAGGAACCGCUAAGCUAGAAGAAGAUUCUUCGGAUGCUCGUGCAGAUAAGAAGAGACGGAAGAAGCGGCAAAAGUUAGAAGAUGCUGAUCCCGAUUCGCUAUCGCAAGGCGAAAGAGAAGGAGACAAUAAACCGGCUGAUGAAGAUGGGAUAUCGGAGAAAAAAGUACGAAAGAAACAGAAAAAGCUGAAGAAAGAGGAGAAGCGAGCGCGUCGAGAGUUGAAGCGCAAGGAGAAGAAAUCCAAGCGGAGAGAAUGAUGCUAAUAAGGAGUGGAACCUGCCCUUCUUGCGCUCAUGUUUAUACCCUCAGCCUAACCCACUCAAACGAGAGCUCGGGAACUAUGUUUGAACAUACGGGAUGCCUACUCCUUGCCAGUACGAAUAAGGCAUACCUUAAAAAAGAGUAUGACCCCGAAACCAAUACAGCGAUUUGAAAUGGACGUGGACGGAUAUGAUUUUGGCCUGGUUUUCUUUUUGGCGUGCUCCAAUCAUUAUUUUCUGCGCGAGCAAUAGAUCUCAUGAUACCCCCCUAUUUGUUUAGGUAUUUAUUUUGUCAAUUAUAUUCGUAAUUGCAUCCGCCUACUCUACACGAAUGGAGAAAUCAAAAAUUUUCACCCUUUCCCAGAGAGCCUACCAGGCGUAUUCGAUAAAAUCCACGGCCGCUGAUCCCAAAAGUCAUCUUUGAUAAUAUCCAGAUGCGUCACCACGAUCGUGGCCUUUUUCUGUAUUUUUCGUACCCUCGCCAUUUGGGAUUUCGUCAUUUCUGCCGGUGGGCCCUCUUCUUCUCCGACUUGAUAUUCUAUGUCUUUGGACUCACCACCGGCCUUCUUUUCUGUUUGAGGUUGGAUUUCGUACUGUUUUCCAAACGUUGUGAGACAUGCUUGACCUGACGGGAAAUAUGGUGGUACGUAAAAAACGGGCAACACUUACAUCUCUGAAUAUCACACUACCUUUCUUAUACAUUUCUGGUUCUUUAUUAUAGUUUAUGCCAAACCUCGAGAAUAGAAUUUCAUUUUUAUCACCGGAUACCGUGCCCUGAUUUUGUUUCUAUCAGCAAAUCCUCUCGUGCAUCGGUAGUACACUACAAAUGGGGGACUGGAG